AUGAGAUGCAAGCCUCAGGAUGAUGAUCAAAAACAGAGAAGACUGAGAAUUGCUGGGGACACAAAAGACAGUCAGCUAGCACAAGGGAAUGUUACUGAAUGCAGUCGCAUCAAGACGGGCUACAACUGCUGGGUGCGGGUUGUUCUCAAAUACCGACAUUGUGAUGGGAACCUCUGUAUCAAAGUAACGGAUGAUGUAGCUUGUUUGCUGUAUAGAACAGACCAGGCGCAAGACGUAAAGAAGAUCGAGAAAUUCCACAGUCAGCUAAUGCGACUCAUGGUGGCUAAGGAAUCCCGCAGUGCUGCCAUGGAAACAGACUGA